AGUGUUGAUUAGAAACUAAGGACAACUUAUUCAUUAUUAAUGUCCUCGUAAAAAACAUAUCCAAAUGAAAAUGAAGCAUCAAAUAAUUAAAUAUCAAAAGCCAUAUUUACCUUCAGUCUCACUAAUUUCUCUGCCAUGACAACAACCAGUAGGUGAAUUAUGAGCCAAGUUCUUUUCUACUCUUAAUUUCCCCUGUCCUGUAUUUAACCCCAGCAUUAAUAAUACUAGAUGUUGUUGCAAAAAAAAUUGAUUAUCCUUAAUCGUUUCAUCUGUAAGUGGAAUAGUGAUGAUUAGUAGUGAUGAUAGUACUGGAGCACCAAGAAAGCCUGAGGGAAAAUGCAAAGCAAUGGUUGUUUGUUUCAUUCUUGGACUUGGGUCACUAGUUUCCUGGAACAGCAUGUUGACAAUAGGAGAUUACUAUUAUGAAGUGUUCCCUAAAUAUCAUCCUGCAAGGGCACUGACCCUAGUUUAUCAACCAUUUUCACUCGGAACGAUGUUACUACUAACAUACUAUGAGUCAAAGAUCAAUACUAGAAUGCGGAAUUUGGCUGGUUACACUCUUUUCUUUGUCUGUAAUGUCUUUGUUCUUGUUUGGAAUCUAGCAACAUCAGGGAAAGGGGGAAUUGUAGCUUACAUUGGUAUACUCGUGGCUGCUGCUUGUUUUGGAAUAGCAGGUGGUCAUGUUGAAGGUGGCAUGGUAGGAGACUUGUGUUUUAUGUGCCCUGAGUUUAUCCAGUCCUACCUAGCUGGUUUUGCAGCAUCAGGGGCUUUGACUUCUCUUCUGAGAAUGCUGACCAAGUUAGCUUUUGAGAAAUCUCAUAACGGGCUUCGCAAGGGAGCUAUACUAUUCCUUGCAAUCUCCACUUUCAUUGAGUUCCUUUGUAUCUUCUUGUAUUCAAUUUGCUUCACCAAGUUACCCAUAGUGAAAUAUUACCGUUCAAAAGCCGCUUUAGAGGGAUCAAAAACUGUUUCAGCUGAUCUUGCAGCUGCUGGCAUCCAAACAAAGACUCAUGAUCAUGAUCUAGUUGGAUAUGAUAACAAACACGGAGAGCGAUUGAGCAAAAAACAGUUAUUCCUUGAGAACCUUGAUUAUGCAGCUACAUUAUUCCUAAUAUUUUUAGUAACACUAUCAAUUUUCCCUGGAUUCUUGUAUGAAAACACUGGUUCACAUCAGUUAGGCACAUGGUACCCAAUUGUUUUGAUUACUAUGUAUAAUGUGGUAGAUCUCAUAUCAAGAUACAUUCCCCUUGUGCAAUGGCUUAAGUUGGAAUCUAGAAAGGGUCUACUAAUUGUAAGCCUUUCGCGAUUCUUACUAAUCCCAGCUUUCUAUUUUACUGCAAAAUAUGGUGACCAAGGGUGGAUGAUUGUGCUCACCUCCUUCUUGGCACUCACCAAUGGCUAUCUCACUGUAUGUGUUCUUACGGUGGCACCAAGAGGUUACAAGGGUCCUGAGCAAAAUGCUUUAGGUAAUUUACUGGUCCUGAGUCUUUUAUGCGGCAUAUGCUCUGGGGCUAUUCUUGACUGGCUGUGGCUCAUAGGUAAAGGAACAUUCUAAUACACCAAAUCUAUAUUGUUAUUGGUGAACCAGAGUCUGUUUCUUUAGCCUUGUGCUCAGACGAUAUGUAUAUCUAACUCAUUACUCUUCUACAUAUUCAUCAUUUUGAACUCUAUGUCCUGUAUUGUAUUUUUAAUAUGCUUAUUUGAGGAGAUAAUUCAUCGAUCCAAUCUCUUCGAUUUUGUCAGUUAAUCAUCGAAUCCGCAAAAAUCAGAACUAGAUGAUAAGAGAAUGACAUUCAUUUGCUUACUCAAAAUAUCAAUAUGUUGAGUAAAACAUGAUUGAGAUGGAGAAGGAUUACAGGACACAUCUGUUGGAUAUUGUUUAUGCAUUUGCAUAUUUCAGUAAUAAAGGCACUCAAAUCGAUUUCAGCUGAGCCACCAAUCUGAAUUGCAUUAGCUUUACAAUUUCAUCUUUCUUCACCAAAUCAUCAUCAUUUACAUCUUCCUUCACCCUCCAACCAACCCUCCAAUCCUCCACAAUCAUCUUACUGUCCAUUGCUUGGUCCAAAACUCCAAUAGCAGGGUGACACAACACUCUCAACUGAAUCAACCACGGUUCACAUGCAUUCGGAGACCGAGAGAGAUGUAAGUGCAGAGGAUAUUUUUUUUUAAC